CCAGCCCGUUGUUCAUGGAGAUAUCUCUCUCGCAGAUUGUUAUAGUCGGUGUUAGGGAGAGCAGAGCAACUGACCAGAAACCCAUCAAUGGCUUCAAAGCCAGGAGUCCUCACCGACUGGCCAUGGAAGCCUCUCGGAAGCUUUAAGUACGUUGUCUUGGCUCCAUGGGCCAUCUACAACACCUACAAGUUCAUGUCCAGUGAAGGGAAUGACAGAGACUUCUCUACAUUUCUGAUAUUACCGUUCCUGCUGUGGAGGAUGCUUCACAACCAGAUAUGGAUAAGUUUGUCCCGCUAUCGGACUGCCAAGGGCAAUAAUCGGAUUCUCGAUAAGGGCAUUGAAUUCGAGCAAGUCGACCGUGAAGGAACCUGGGACGAUCAGAUAAUAUUCAAUGGGGUGUUGUUCUAUCUUGGGAUUAUGAUCCUGCCCGGAUCAACGAGGUUGCCUUUAUGGAGGACCGACGGGGUGAUCAUGACGUUACUCCUGCAUGCAGGACCAGUGGAGUUCCUCUACUACUGGCUCCACCGGGCGCUGCACCACCACUUCCUCUACUCCCGUUACCACUCCCAUCACCAUUCCUCCAUCGUCACCGAGCCCAUUACCUCCGUGGUCCAUCCAUUUGCAGAGCACAUAGCAUAUUUCGUGCUGUUCGGGAUCCCCUUGCUGACGACACUUUUCACCAGAAUGGCUUCGAUUACAUCCUUCUUCGGCUACAUUACAUACAUCGACCUUCUGAACAACUUGGGUCACUGCAAUUUCGAACUUGUUCCUAAGUGGUUCUUCUCAUGCUUUCCGGGUCUCAAGUACCUCAUGUACACCCCCUCGUUUCACUCUUUGCAUCAUACACAAUUCAGGACCAACUACUCCCUCUUCAUGCCGAUAUAUGAUUACGUCUAUGGAACGAUGGACAAGACCUCAGAUCAACUGUAUGAAACCUCACUCAGAAGAGAGGAAGAGUCGCCUGAUGUGGUGUUUCUGACACAUCUCACAACCCCUGAGUCGAUCUACCAUCUUCAGCUUGGAUUCGCAUCUGUUGCCUCUAAACCACAUCAGCCAACAUGGUACAUAUGGUGUCUGUGGCCUGUGACUCUAUGGUCCAUGGUGCUCACUUGGAUUUUCGGUCAAACAUUUGUGGUCGAGAGGAAUUGCUUCAAUAAAUUUAAGCUUCAAACUUGGGCCAUUCCGAAAUACAGCAUACAAUAUGGCCUUCAAUGGCAAAAGGAGUCCAUCAAUGAACUUAUCAAGGAAGCCAUAUUGGAAGCAGAGCUAAAGGGCACCAAAGUACUAAGUCUCGGUCUCCUGAAUCAGGAGGAGGAGCUUAACAGAUACGGUGAACUUUACGUGCAAAGGCAUCCGAACCUCAAAGUGAAGGUGGUUGACGGGAGCAGUUUAGCAGUCGCAGUAGUGCUAAACACCAUCCCGAAAGAUACCAAGCAGAUUCUCCUCAGAGGAAACUUGACAAAGGUCUCUUAUGCCAUUGCAUUUGCUCUGUCUCGGAAGGGAAUUGAGGUAACUUUACUGCACGAAGAUGAGUACCAGAAACUCAACAAAGCAUUUAACAACCAAUCGAAGAGUAAUAUAUCACUCUUAAAUGAUCAGGUUCCAAAGAUCUGGUUGGUCGGAGAUGGAUCAACGAAAGAAGAACAGCUGAAGGCUCCGAAAGGGACGUUAUUCAUUCCCUUCUCACAAUUUCCGCCGAAGAAAGUACGAAGCGAUUGCAUCUACCAUGUUACACCAGCGAUGACCGCUCCUCACUCAUUAGAGAAUAUGCAUUCUUGUGAGAACUGGUUGCCCCGAAGAGUGAUGAGUGCAUGGCGCAUCGCAGGGAUAAUUCAUGCCUUAGAAGGGUUCGAGGAGCAUGAAUGUGGAUACACAAUGUCCCAGAUUGACAAAAUUUGGCAAGCCAGUCUCCGCCAUGGGUUUCAACCGCUAGGGACUUCAAACAACAUAAAAGGAUCGUGAAGUAGAUAUUACCGGGGGAUUAUAUAUGCAUAGACCGGAGUUGCAUUCGGUUCACAUUGUUUACCUCAAAUCAGACGUCGGGCUUCGAUUUCUAGCUGUACAAGCUAGAGCUUUUUAUCAAUGCUUUUCUUUUUUUCCAACUACAAGCUUUCGUGGAUGCUUCCGGUGUCAGGAUUGAAAUGCGUGGCUUGUCGGGAUUGAUUAUUAGUAGUUCUAGUUUUACUUGACAAUUUUAAGAGUUCAAAUAUUGUCCUUUUGUCGUAGGAUCCUUAUGUUUUACUGCAUGAGCACUAAUUGUCAUGUUUCGUAGACCUAUUAGUUAACCUUGAAUCUGAAUGCAGGCCCAGCCCAACCUCAUGCAAAGGCAA